AGGAGGACCAGAACACUAGCUCUCCACUGCACUGCCCAGAGGCCCUUGCCUGACUCACUGCCAGCCUUCGGUCCCUGCGUUGCCAAGAAGAACAUGGACGUCACCAUCCAGCACCCUUGGUUCAAGCGUGCCCUGGGGCCCUUCUACCCCAGCCGACUGUUCGACCAGUUUUUCGGCGAGGGCCUUUUUGAAUACGACCUGCUGCCCUUCCUGUCUUCCACCAUCAGUCCCUACUACCGCCAGUCCCUCUUCCGAACGGUGCUGGACUCUGGAAUCUCUGAGCUCAUGACCCAUAUGUGGUUUGUAAUGCACCAACCACAUGCUGGAAACCCCAAGAACAACCCCAUCAAGGCAAGUUACAUGGCAAAGGUCCGAUCUGACCGGGACAAGUUUGUCAUCUUCUUGGACGUGAAGCACUUCUCUCCCGAGGACCUCACUGUGAAGGUCCUGGAGGACUUUGUGGAGAUCCAUGGCAAGCACAAUGAGAGGCAGGAUGACCAUGGCUACAUUUCCCGUGAGUUCCACCGUCGCUACCGUCUGCCUUCCAAUGUGGACCAGUCUGCCCUCUCCUGCUCCCUGUCUGCGGAUGGCAUGCUGACCUUCUCUGGCCCCAAGGUCCAGUCCGGCUUGGAUGCUGGCCACAGUGAGAGGGCCAUUCCUGUGUCACGGGAGGAGAAGCCCAGCUCUGCACCCUCGUCCUAAGCGGGCCUCGCCUUGGUUGUCCCCUGAGGCCCCUGACCCACUGAGCCCAGGGACCACAGCAGAGUCUGCCUUCCUUCCUUCCUUCCUUCCUUCCUUCCUUCCUUCCUUCCUUCCUUCCUUCCUUCCUUCCUUCCUUCCUCUUUGUUCCCUUCCCAUUUUCUCAGAGGGUUGAGGGUUUGAGAGAGUGGCUUAGAGAGCUUGGGGUCUUGGCCUGAGGGGCUGCAGGUUCGGGGUGACGGAGGCUCAACACCAGCCAGCUGGAAGGAAUGAUGGCAUUGAACUCUUGAGAUAUGACCUGUCCUCCUGGAACGUGACAGAGUGGGUGGCGGCUAACCAGCCGAGAGCCCUCUGCCGAGCCCCUGGACAGCAGCUUCCCUUGCUGCCCACUCUUACCGCAGGCUCAUGUGCCGCGCUCCGACGGCUCACUUCUCCCAGCCCCUCCUCCUGAGACUUUCUCUAUGACCCUGGCCACCCAUGAAAAUGGAGCCCCUGGCAGACAAUAAAGAGCAGGUGACAGAA